CGGCCGAACGAAGCUGUCCGAUGCUGCGUUGAGCCCGAGUACCGUUGUACCACUUUGUACCAAAUUGUACCACUGCUGGGUUGUUCUCAGGACGCGAACAGUCGUUGAUUAUCGUAUGGUUGUUAUGUGAAUUUCGGCAAGAUGAGUGAUGGAAUGCUCUCUUUAUCGUGGAAUAACCACAGUUCAACUUUUUGUCAUAUGCUUGCUACUCUCCGUGAUGUGGAAAGGUUUACAGACGUGACUAUUACAUGCGAGGGAAAAUUUUAUCCCGUACACAAACUUGUGCUAUCCACAUGUAGCGACUACUUCCAGAAAAUCUUUGAAUGCACCCCCUGUAAACAUCCAGUUAUUGUUUUGAAGGACAUACAUUGUAAAGAUAUUGAGGCCCUGCUAAGUUACAUGUACGCUGGUGUUGUGAGCGUGGCGCAGAAGGACCUCUCACAACUCAUCAAAGCAGCAGAAUUGUUACAAAUAAAAGGAUUAGCAGUACCUGAUGAACCUCCACAGUAUAGUAGAAGAAUGUUUGCAAUGGAAGAUGUGUGCGACUCAGACACCAAGCGCCAGAAACGUCACGAUUCGAUGAACGGGGAGAAUGAACUCACAGUCGUCGGGGGUGUGCAGAUGUCUCCAGAUGGUUCUUCAUCCCAUAAGGACGGAGAGCAUUUCGGGUCGUCAGGGCAAAGAGCAGGGCACAGACUGGACCAAACGAACCAAGGUGACCACAGGGACAGUGGAGACAAGAAUGAUGACAAUGACGAUGACAGAGCUUCCCAGCCAUUGGAGCAAAGCAUGGAUGAUGAUGUUUGUGGACAAGAUAUUUGUGCACAGGUGGAGGUAGGAAAAAAUUUAUGUAUUAAUUCUGUUUUAUAGCAGAGGGUCUUAUUUUCAUCUUUGAAUAUGUAUUUUUUUAGUGUUAUUUCCUUCUUUAUGAAUUUGUUUAUUUCCUUUAUUAAUUAGAUUUCUUAUCAUUUAUCACUUACCAUGUUCAAAGUCACUUCUCACAGAGGUGUAUUUAUUUUAGCAUUAUGUAUAUUUUCUCUUCUUUUUGUAUAAUUUUUUUUUAUAUAAAAUUUCACUUUUGUAUAAUUUAUUGUUAUUUUUAUUUGAGAAUGUACUAAAAAUUUAUGCAAAUUGAAAUUAUAUAAUAUAUUCUUGCACAUGAUAUGUAUUGUGAUAUAUGACUAAUAUGGACAAUGUCUUCCAAUCUUCAACCUUAUUCACUGUAUCAUUGUUUUGACUCCAUUUCUAGUUCUCCCAUGAGAUCAAUCUGGUAGACAAGAAGAUACAUACAUUCUGUUCAUAUCAGUUGGUAAAUCUUAUUUUUCUAAAUUAUAUAUGAU